CAGGCAGUCUGAUUGGUCUAGAUCGCUCCAGUCUUUCCACCACCUUGGACCAUCGCUACAGUUUUCUCCCCUCCUGUGAAAAGUGACUGUCACUGUACUAACUCUGUCGGUGAAGGACUGUGCUGAAGUUGGUUCUUGGCUUGAAUCCCAGGCGUUGGGUUUGAGAGAGGUUCACAAUGUCUGAACUAUUUAUGGAGUGUGUGGAGGAGGAGCUGGAGCCGUGGCAGAAACAAGUUCCUGAAGUCCAGUUAAUAGAAGAUGAUGACGAUGAACCCAUCUUUGUUGGAGUGCUUUCUAGUAACCAAAAGGACAGUAGGUCUAACCCUCCACCUCCCCAAAGAAACAGUGCAGGGAAGCCAGAAAUCAAGCAUACUGCUAUUCAGCCAGCCAUUAGCUCCUCGCCCAUAAUGCUGCCUGUGAAUGUGGCCGGAAACGCUGUCAAUGCUGCAGCACCUAACAUGACGACAGUGACCCCACAGCCUGUUAUUGUCAACAACCAGGGUUUCAUCGUCACUUCUCCAAAUUUGGUGAACAACAGAGAGUUCCUGGCUUCUCUUGGGAACCAGUACCCUCCUGGGACUUCAUUUACAAUUGUAUCAGCCGGUCAGCCUCAGCUGUUUCAGCAGGUUUCUCCUGCCACAGUAAUACCCAGUGCUGUCCACAGGCCUCAGGUGCAACAAAUCAGCAACAACAUAGUGACGCUGGCUAAUGUCCGAAACCCCGCCAUGUACUCAACGCAACCCAAUCCAAUGCAACUGAGCCUCUCCAACUCACAAGCUCCCCAUACCUUCACUGUGCCUAUACAGACAAACAACAAUAACAGAGAUCACAACUUUGCAAAGCAAAGGUUGCCACCACAGCAAGCAGACAACUCAGCAAAAAGACCCAAGAUUGAUUUUGUACCAACAAACACAGCAGUACCAGUGGAAAAUGGGGUCACAAAGAAAAAGUGCCCCAAGUGUGAUGAGGAGUUUAUUACACUGGAUGCGCUGAGGAGUCACAUAUCUAGUGGUUGUGUAAACGUGCAGAGCAUGGCUCAGGACAUCGGUUCAAACAAGCGCAUCAUGCUCGUCUCAGAUUUCUAUUACGGCCGGUUUGAGGGAGACGGGAAAAAGAAGGAGACGACACUGAGGACCAACAACACCUUCAAGUGCCAGAGCUGCUUAAAGAUUCUGAAGAACAACAUCAGGUUCAUGAACCAUAUGAAGCACCACCUGGAGCUGGAGAAACAGAACAGUGAGAGCUGGGAAAGCCACACCACAUGCCAGCAUUGUUACCGAAAGUACGGGACUCCGUUCCAGCUGCAGUGCCACAUUGAGAGCGCCCACAGCCCCAUCGAAUCCUCCACCAAUUGCAAGAUAUGUGAGCUUGCCUUCGAGUCAGAGCAGGUUCUCCUGGAGCACAUGAAGGACAACCACAAACCUGGAGAAAUGCCCUACGUGUGCCAGGUCUGCAGUUUCAGGUCCUCGUUCUUCUCAGAUGUGGAGGCACAUUUCCGAAGUGCUCAUGAAAACACUAAAGACCUCCUCUGUCCAUUCUGUCUCAAAGUUCUUAAAAGUGGUCAUGUGUACAUGCAGCACUACAUGAAACAUCAGAGAAAAGGUAUCCAUCGCUGUGGAAAGUGUAGACUGAAUUUCCUCACCCUCAAGGAGAAAGUGGAGCAUAGGGCUAAUGUUCACAAGACUUUCAGGAAACCUAAAGCUUUGGAGGGUCUCCCUCCAGGAACAAAGGUCACCAUUCGAGCCUCCCUCACAGGAAAGUCCACCUCUCUGCCCACCUCCCCUGAUCGACCCAUUCCUAUUGUCGGUCCACAAAAACAGAGUUUGAAUCAGAAAACCAAAACUCCCAUCAACAUCCUCAACCCAAGGUCAAACAUCUCUGCAGCAGGAAAGGCCAAGGCAACCCAGAGCAAGAAGCAAAAUAACCGCACUGGCAAGCACAACCUGGCGCUCAGGGGUCUCAGCCUCAAGGGGAAACGCUACACGUGCAUCGAGUGCAACUCAUCAGUAGACGACUUUUUCACUCACUUCCCGAUGGUUUCUAACUGUGGUGCGUGUAAAUAUAAAACAAGUUGCAAAGUUGCCAUUGGGAAUCACAUGAUAAGGUUUCAUAGCACGAUAACUAAAAACCGAUUUUCCAAAAUGGAUCACAAGAAACAAUCAUCUGCAUUAAAAUCAACCCUGGUCUGUCUCCACUGUGACCUCCUCGUUGAUGGAUCAGCAGGCGACCAGAUGACCAAACAUUUGACUGAUCGACCAAAUCACGUUUGCAAAGUCAUUCAGGACAAAGAUAUGAAAGCCAAGGGUCGAGUACAAUACGUCUUGGGACAGCCAGUAAAGGUCUUGUACCUCUUGACCUCAGCCCGGGCUCAAAAAGUAAUGGAAACAGACAUGAAACUAGCUGUAAGUGUUCCUCCUGGAAAUGUUCCUUCUGGAAGUGUUCCUACUGGAAGUGGUCCGCCUGGGAGUUUUCCUCCUGAGAGUGUUCAUCCUGGAAGUGUUCCUUCUGGAGGUGAUCCUCCCAAGAGUGUUCCUCCUGGGAGUUUUCCUCCUGAGAGUGUUCUUAAUGCAAGUGUUCCUUCUGGAAGUGUUCCUCCCAAGAGUGUUCCUCCUGAAAGAGUUCCUCCUGAGAGUGUUCCUUCUGAAAGUGUUCCUCCUGAGAGUGUUCCUCCUGAGAGUGUUCCUUCUGGAAGUGUUUCUCCUGCAAAGUCUGACAAACCAGAAUCAGAGCCGGUGUUACCAGCAGGCCAUCAGGAAAAUGGCACCACAGAAAUAAUUGUGAUUGAAGGUUCCUUUGAAGAACAAACACAGCAGCCAUUGCAGCCUGAUGCUUUGUCUGUAGGUGCACCGGAUGGAGAUUCAGCUCUCCGUGAGGAGUCAGUGGUUGAAACAGAUGAUCUGGUGGUUGCAGAUCAGCUGCCUGUCCCUGAACAGGAGGUAGGGGAACAACAAACUGAGACAGAGUGAACUGUUGUAUCACCUUUACAAUGCAAAUGACAUGAGAAGACUUCAGAGAUGAAUUUCAGAAAAACUGCUUCAUCAGCAAUCCUCAAUAAUUUUUCUAUAUCCAACAUGCUGUUCACAUCACUGAUACUUGGCCACUACUACCCCCUUUGAUAACCAUGUGUUUGUCAAGCCAACUUAAAACAUAUCUUAUCAAAUACUUUCUUUACAUUUCUGUCAAACUUCCUCGGUUUAAAAAAUGAAAAAAAUCUCAUUUUUAAAAUAGAACAUAGCCAGUACCAUCUUUUUUAUUGCCCUCUAAACUACCCAAAUAUAGUUAGAAAAUAUGCUUAGUCAUACUUUAAAAUGUCAAAAGAAAAACAUUCUGUAUCUCAGCAGGUUCAUGACUACUCUGUAUUGUCUUCUGCUUUGACUUAAACGAUUGUAGCUCAAUUUGUUCUUCUUAAAAGGAUGUUACUACGCUCUGCUGUGUUCUUUUAUCAAAGGUUGAAGCUUGUUGUCACUGAUUUGACUGCAGCACUCCGCUCAGUGGCUCAGAAUGUACAUGCUCACUUUGUGUCUGUUUUAGUUUUUGAAGCAAUUUAACCUUUCCUUGUUAUCCCUCCUAAAAGAACAGAUACCAAAGUUUGUAGUUUGCCUUUCAUUUGGGUUUCCAAAACAUCUUUUGGUGCUGGAAUUAUGUUUUGAGCUAAAGUUGAGACUUUUCGUUAGUUUUGAUUUUAAAGUGGCCAACAGCUUUGUUUCAUACAUUGUGGUUUCCUGCCAUUUUAAGGCUAAUGGAUCCCUUUUUUAAAUGAUAACUCUCAGCUGCUCACUUUCAUUGGAUUUAAAAUCGCAAAAAACACAAUUAAAAAAAAACUUCUGGUUUGUAGCAGGAAUAAGUGAAGUGGUACAAGUAAAGUAAAUAGUUAGCAGCUGGUUUUUAAAAGCCACAAGUAACAUUUAUCUUUACAAACACUAUCAUGCUUUAAACUAAUAACAAAUACUGCAGUACAUUUGUAAAAACUUUGAGUGUCAAAAUGUAUCCCAGAGAAAAUGGCUCUUGGCUUGGAGAAAAACUGAGACAUCGGGGGUGUUAGUUUGAAAAUGGCCAAAAUGACAGGGUUUAGUUGCAUGGUAGGUUGCUGUGGACAAUUGCCUGAAUAACUGUUAAAGAAUGCUUGUGUGUAAUCUCUGGCAGAAAACACAGCAUGACACUCCAACCUGAGAUCCGUCAGUCAUGUUUUCAUGUCCUAAUUGCUGGUUGAUCAAUGUGCCAUCUUCUUUGCAUUGAGGGUACAAAAAGAAAAAUCCACUCUUGUUCCGGUAUGUAUAUAUAAACUAUAUAACCAGUUAACCUUUUGUGACUAGAUACCCCAAGAGUCAUUAUUUUAGUUUGUUUUGUAAAAGGGAAUUCCCAUGUACAUACAGCAUCAGUAGAGCAAGACUGUAAAGGCAUAUAUGAUUAUGACAGCACUGUAAAUGUAACCACUCUGAGUCUGUUUUAAUACAUUCCUCAAAAUAUAUAGUGUUCUCCUUAGGGCACAUUUUCCUCAGAGAUCUAUACACUACUCAGUUUGUAAAAGUGUUUUCCUGGUUGCGAUGUAAAUAAAUCUUUACUACAAGA